AUGCAUGCAAGUAAGCGUGAAUGUUCAAAAAAUCAAAAAAAUGCUCCGUCUGGAAAGUUUAAAACAUUUAAAAAGGUUUUGAGUGCUGGACGAGGGAACCUUCCAGAGUUUCGAAUUGGUACGAAGGCAAUCUUUCAUUAUGAAACACUUAAACCGUUGGUAAAUGUCAACGAAAAAGGUUUUCCGGAAUCCAGAGAUCGCUAUGAGUCGAUCGAUGAUACUCGGAAACCUUACCCUAAUGGCUAUGGAAAACCUUUAGAAUUGGUUUUUGGGAAAAAGUUCCAGCUGCCGAUUUUCGAACAGUGUCUGCAAACAAUGCUGAUUGAUGAGAUUAGUCAAUUCGAUAUUGCGGCUUCUGAACUUUUUACAUAUCCUUCAGUUUCACAGAAACUUCGAAAUAUAUCCAAAGCUAACCACUGUCAUACGCAUUGUUCCGCAGAUUUUUACGAAGCCUUAAUUGAACUAAUGAAGAAACCGCAGCCGUUACGAUUCAUAUUUCAUUUGCUUUCUGUUCUGCAACCUGAGGAUUAUGAACCAGAUAGUUGGCAGUUGGAACCCGAUGAAAAAUUGGCGAGCGUUGGGAAACUAAAAGAAUCUGGAAAUAAUGAUCUAAAAAAAGGGGACUAUCUGAAUGCUUCGCUGAAAUAUAAAGAAGCUCUGAAUCGGUUAGAAAUUUUAUUGUUGCGUGAAAAGCCAGGGGAUCCUGAAUGGAUUGAUUUAGAUAAACAGAACGUGCCCGUAUUCUUAAAUCUCUCACUUUGUUAUCUGAAUUGGAAGCAAUAUUAUGAAGCUAUUGAUGCUGCAACGGAAGUAUUGAAAAGAGAUGAGUUGAAUGAAAAAGCAUUGUAUCGACGUGCAAAGGGAAGAAUUGCUAUAUGGGAUUUGGAAAAGGCUGAAAAAGAUCUUAAGUUGCUUUUGUUACACUAUCCCGGCAAUGCAAAUUUGGUGAAAAUUGAACUGGAAAGAAUACAGUCACUCAGAAAAGAACGUGAGCAAAGUGCAAGAAACACAUACAAGCACAUGUUCAAGAAUGUUUGUUGA